CGUCCGCUCUCCGGGGUCCCAGCCGCGCCGGCGCCUGCCCACCGCCCGGCCCGCCGCGACCAGACCAUCCUCACAGAACCACGAGGAAGUGCGCGAGCUGCGAGAGCGGCUACAAGUGACCGCUCUCCUGAGCCGUAGUGACUGUUCUCGCGAGUGUGAACCCCCGCGAGUGUGAUACCCGCGAGUGACCCGUGCGAGUGACCCGCGAGUGCCUGGGGCGGCAUGUCCUGCCAGAGCCGCGGGCGCGGCGGGGGCGGCUCCGCUGCCGACCCCGCGGCCGGCUCCUCGGCCAGUGAGUGAUGUGUCGCGUGAUGCGGCUGCAACGCGUGUCCGUGACGCGCGAGGUGACUUGACCCAGAGUGUGUGCCGACGGUGUGAGUGAGCGAGUGACGAGCAGGACAACACCCCCCGGGCGCCCCGCGUCUUCUCCUCCACGACCGUCCUCAGAUGUCCGCGGCGCUCCUGUUGCUGUGCAGCUGGGUGGCGAGCCGCGGGCUGGCGGGCGCCAUGCCGGGGCCCCCGAGCCCCCUGGGCCGCCUGGGCCCCCUGGGCCCCCUCACCCUCUCGCUGCUCGCCGCGGUCGCGGAAGCUUCCGGGCGGGGGGCGCUGAGCAGGGUGCUGGUGCCGGGGCCCAUGGGGCUCGUCCCGGGCCCGCGCAUGGACUACGACGAGUGGACCCCGCUCGGCCACGGCGACCCGCUCAAGAACGACCCCACGUACGACUACGUGCCGCCCGUGCUGGACCGCGUGCACUACUGGAUGGAGCCCAAGGACAGCGGCGCACGCAGGGACGAGGCCUUCGUCAAGUACGUGGACAGCUCUGUGCCGGUGCCACCCACCAUGCUGGUGCCUCCGCCGCCGCCACCACCGCCGCCGCCGGCCACCUCCACGACUCCGGGGCCACUGCCGCAGGGGCCGCCGCCGGCCUCGGCGUACUCCAGCCUCAACCCGUUCCACCACUUCGAGGACCGGCCCGUCGUGCCCAACGUGCUCUUCGAGGAGAAGCCGCUGUUCGAGGCCCCUCUGGUGCAACUGCAGCCGCAGGUGCAGCAGCCUCAGGUGCCGCAGCCUAAUGUCCUGGCCCAGGUAGUGCCCCCAGCGCCCCAAGCGCCACCGCCACCCCUGCCCCCUGCGACCGCCCCCUUCUUUGACAAGCCGAGGGCCACUCCACCACCCCUGGCGUCAGAGUCCAGCAACGUCGUCGUCCAGGACGUGGAGAAACCGCUGCUGGGUCCGGUGAAUCCAGCUUGGUCCGCGGCGGUCGCGGGGAACUCAGCAUCGAGCAGACCAGCGCUCAAGCAGGCCUCGGACAAGCCCAACGGCAGUCGGCUGGACGGGAAGCCCACCCCUGGAAAGCUGGCCUUCCCAGGGCCGAACGCGGUGCGCGCUCCACCGGGGAAGCCGCUGCGCUUCGAUGACCAGCCGCCCCCGCCGCAGCAGCCGAGGCCGCCCCCACCGCCCUCGCCUAAGCCCUCCACGAUGAGCCCCACGACGCCGGCCUCGACGUCCACGGCACUGCCGUCCCCGCCGACCACCGCCCGCCCGGGGGCGUCGACGGCAUCCCCCUCGGACACCAUCAACUCGCUGGUGCGCGGCCUGCUCAACAAGGAGGUGGUCACCACCGUCUCCACGCUGACGACCGACCCACUGUUCGCGCACUACAAGCAGCCCGUGACCCCGGUCAACGUGCACGGCCCGGCGUACGUCAUCAUCCAGGGCCACUCCAAGGUGAAGACGUACGGGCCGGUGCUGCGGCGGCACGACCCUCCCGGCCACGGCCACGGAGGCCCUCCCCCUGGCCAGAGGGGCACGCCGAAGGGCACUCCCGCCCGGCGCUACGCCCUGCAGUAGAGCGGGCCUGCCCUGCCCUGCCCAGCCCAGCGCGUCGCGAAAGCGUCCACGCAUAUCUCCGACAGCCAUUCAAGGCCCGACGGACUUCAUAGCCGAAAGGGAAUCUCCGGAGCGAAGCGAAGCAAUUAUUGGCUCAUUAUAACACUCGUCGGCUCGCUCGUGCCGAAUGGCGCCGAAUGGCGCCGAAUGGCUCGGCUCGGCGCCCGUCGCGGCGCGUAGCGUCACGUUCCCACGGGGCCAAGUGCAAUCAACACAACACUCUGCCCGCGACUCCACUGACCCCGAUUCGAACAGAUAGCUCGGCUCGGCUCGGGCCGGUGCGAUGCGGACCACCUCAAGGCAGUAGCAGGCAGGUUGCCCCCGGCAAGCUCAUCCUGCACCGUCCUGCAAGUGGCGGCCCGGCGGCAGACUGCUCAUCCGAAAUGGAAGUAAGCGGGAAUAGACGAAAAUAUGGAAGGAAAGUUCUGUUGUUGGCGUGCCGUGUGCUGUUUUUUUCACAAUAUAUGGAGGACUUUUCCACUUUGGAGAAAACUUUGUAGUCUGGAGCAGGCAGGGCAUCCCGCAGGCUGCCGACGCACCGUGGUACUGCAGCCCCCCCCCCCCCCAUUUUCUUAAAGUGCGCCAGGAUGGCCGACGUGGUCUCUCACUCGUGGCGAUAGACAACCAUUUUUUAAUAGCAUCGCCUGCGAUGAAAGAGAAACAUCAAUCUGCCAUAAUAUAGCACCACGGCCGUACACACUUUUGGCUGCACGAAACGACGAACAGCGCUUUGUUUUGCAAACUUUUUCGUUUUUCUUUACGCCUUUGUCUUUCACGUAAUUUUAUGUCUUAUUUUCUAUUGUGCGUGUCUUUGUUGUUUUUAACGCUGGGUAAAUCUUAUAUUAUGUGCAUAUCAGGUUUCUGUAUCUCGCUCUUGAUGGGAUUCUGUUAACUGUUUUUGUUUCCGUGUAAAUGUUUUACUUUCAGUUACCAUUCAUUUACCUAUGGAUGUUCUCUUCUAUGUCUUUAUAAAUCUGUUUCAAGUGAUACUUUCGUCAAUAAACCAGUUUAAAACAUCA